AUGACUCACGCACUUCGCGACGAGACGUGGGUCGCGAAGCGACGAACGAAAACCCACCAUCACUUCAACAGCGUCGCUUGUACAUGUGCUGUUCAGUACCGCGCUGGUUCCAUACCCGGUUUAGCGCGCGCUCGGCCGCGGGCGCCGCCGCCCGACUCCGGCCGCGAGUGCGAGUGCCGCGGCGUCAUCCGGCGCUCGCUCGACUGCUCGGAUCGCGAGCGCAGCCAGUUCAGCACCAGCGAGCUUUGCGCGGGCCGCACGCACAAGGUGGACCUGUCGCGCAACAACUUCGUCGCCUUCCCCACGGCCUGGGGGUCGUACGUGACGCAGGUGAACGUGUCGCGCAACCGCCUCACCGCCCUGCCGCGCGCGCCGCCGCUCAACGCCGGCACCGUGUGGCUGGACGUGUCCGAGAACCAGAUCGGCUACGCGUCGGACGAGCUGCGCGGCUUGCAGUCGCUGGAGAAGCUGUACGUGGGCGGCAACCGGCUGCGCACGCUCGGCUUCCUGCCGUCGCCGUGCGCGCUCACCAAGCUGAGCGCGCCGCGCAACCUGCUCACCGCGCUGGACGGCGCGCUGGCGCGCUGCGCCGAACUGGAGAGCCUCGACCUCUCCAACAACCAGAUCCUGUCGCUGCCGCGCGUCGCCCUCGAUGGACUCAACAAGCUGGAGAAACUCAAGCUGCACGGCGCGGGCCUCGUCAACAUCGAGGAGGGCUCCUUCCACGACCUGGUCAAGCUGGAGCUGCUCGACCUGUCCGACAACGACCUCACCACGCUGCCUUCGGGCCUCUUCACCACGCUGCACGAGCUGGACGACCUGUUCCUGGACAACAACAGCCUGACCGCGCUGCCCGCCGACGCCUUCGUGGGGCUCGUCGAGCUCGAGGUGCUCUCGCUCACCAACAACAAGAUCACCACCUUGGCCCCCGGGGCCUUCACCGGCCUGGAGGACAUCAAGUACCUCACGCUCAACGAAAACCGCCUGACGACGCUACCAAGCAACAUUUUCUCGGGGCUGCCCCAAGUGAAGGGAAUCGACCUGUCCGUCAACCAGCUGGAGACGCUUCCGUCGCGCCUGUUUGCCGACUUGACCACCCUGGAGAAAGUCAAGCUGCACCACAACAAGCUCACCACCCUGCCGAGCGACCUGUUCGCCGGCCUGAGCAACCUCGAGCUGGUGGACUUGUCGCACAACCAGCUGAGCGCGCUGCCUCCGGGCCUGGUGCAGCCGCUGACACUCAUCAAGUCGCUGGACCUGUCGCACAACCGCUUCACCACCUUCAGCGGGCGCGACCUCAACGGGCUGCACUCCGUCGAAAGGCUCAACCUCGAGUUCAACCUGCUGACGGCGCUGCCGCUGUACGACGCGUCGUGGCCCGCCGUGGAGAGGGCGGUGUUCGGCCACAACAACAUCGUGAGCGCGGGCGAGGUGACGCUACGCUCGUGGCUGGGCGACGGCAACACCAAGCGCGUCGUGUCGGUGGAGGGCCGGCCGCCGCUGUCCACGCCCAGCGCGCUGCAGUGGGCGCUCAACGACGGCGCGCUCUCCACCUCCACGUCCGAGGAGCUGGGCUGCGCGUGCGGCGCCGUCAAGAAGGGCGACGCGCAGGUGCGCUUCUGCCUGGCCGCCGCCUGCCCCAACGUACACGCCACGUGGGUGGAGGCCGUUCGCGCCGCGCCCGCCCCGCAGACCCACAAGGGCUGA